GGUUCUUUGAUGAACCUUAGAAUGGCUUUUAUGGCAUUGCUGUAAAAACGCCCUUUUGGAUCCUUUAUUUUUAAGCAGUUUUCUCAAAACAAACUGCAUUUCUGAGGCAUUUUUAGCAGGUAUUUUAUUUAGUUUUUACUUAGUGUAAGAUAACAGGUUGUAGUUUAUCACAUUAAAGGGAUAGUUCAGCCAAAUUUUCCAAUGAUUUUCUCACCCUCAAGCCAUCUUGGGUGUAUAUGACUAUCUUCUUUCAGAGGAACAGAAUCGGCAGGGUUGCCAGGUUUUCACACCAAAAAUCGCGUUCCGGGGUUUUUGGCAGGGGUUCCCCCGAUAAAAUUAGCAUUUCAGUGGCUAAACAUCAUGUUAUUUGGGGUUGCUUCAAACCGUGGGCAUAAAAAACAACCCACAGAACAAAUGGUAAAAGUAGCCCAAUUUCAUGGGAAAACCACAGACUUGACAACACUGACAAUUAGAGAUGUACUUAAAAAUAUCCUGGUUCUUCCAAGCUUUAAAAUGGUAGUGAAUGGAGGGAACGAUUUUGCAAUGCGGCUUUCUGCCAGAAGCUAGUUAUAAUAGUCAAUAAAGUUUUAAAUAUGGAUCAUUUUCUUACAAAAACCCAUCGCUUUGCUUCAGAAGGCCUUUACUAACCCCCUUGGAACCUUGUGAAUUAUUAUUAUUAUUAUUAUGAUGGAUGGAUGCAUUUUUUGGGGCUUCAAAAUCACACACCCCAUUCACUGCCACUAUAAAGCCUGGAAGAGCCAGGAUAUAUUUAAAUAUAUCUCCGAUCUUGUUCGUCUGAAAGAAGACACCUAGGAUCAUGGCAUAAUUCUCAUUUUUGGGUGAGCUAUCCCUUUAACGUUUGUCAACGUUUGUUGUCAUAUGCAAUGACAAGACAUUCAGCCACUAUAUAACAUUAUCAGAAUAUUGCUGAACAAACAGCAGAAAGGACUGUCAUGUAUUGUGUAAUGUUGUUUUAAUGAUACAGAAGGAUGUAAAGGUUACACUGAUGUGUUUAUUUGAAUAUUAUGUAAAUUCUGUGGUGUCCAGAUAUCAAUUUGAAGGAAAUGUUAAUGUAUUUGCACGUUACGUGAUAAAUUAUUUCAGUUCAAUGAGGAGAAUCCUUUUUUGGCUCUUUGUUUGCAUAAAGACACAACAGGAUAUGGAAACAUCCGUGGAAUAAUAUGUGUAGCUUGAUCUUUGCUGUACUUUUUCAAAACCAUAUCAAAAGAUGGUAUCAUGAUAUUUAUUAACAACUUAUAUAAAAUAUAUCUUAUUUGAUCAGAAUUAGUUGGUUUUAUAUAUAAAUAUAUAUACACUAAAUAAACAUUUUUAUGAAUUUAUUAUGAUUAUUAUUUUAAAAUACUAACACGAUACAACCACUGUACCAAAAUGUUCUUUUUAAAAUACCAUAAGUCAUCAGUACUCUCAUCAUGGUACUGUCACAAUGCUUUUUUUUAAAAGGUUAUUUUUAAAAUACGCUCUUCAGUGAGUAAAGAUGGAACGCUUUUAGGCACGCAGUCUUCACUUCAGUCUUCAGAUCAGGUAUGUAUUCCCUAUUCCCUCUUUGUUUCUCUGUCUUUUAGGCCAGGAUUAUAGAGUUUACACUGCUGAUCUGCCUGGCGGCCACAUUUGACUACUCACUGCGUUUCCUCCUGCCUGCUGCUCCAGUAUUCAAAUGCUGCCAUUCUUUAUAGCACAGUGGUAGAGAGAGGCUGAGAAAGAAAGCUGAGCAAAAAAAAAAAAAAAAAAAAAAAAAAAAAAAAAAAAGUGGUAGAGUGACUCUUGGUGUUUUGUUUUUUUGUUUUUCUAUGUAAAACAUGUCAGGAGAGAUGUGGUAGAUGUCCAAAGAGAAAGAGAGCGACACGGACACAUCUCAUUCUCUGAAAGGCAACAAAGACGCAAACUACACCCUCAACUUUGCAAAAACAGAAGGGACAUCUUUCCAGAAGAUGAUUAUAGAUGGGGGACAAGGACGAUCCUUCUGGAGCAACCUGAAGUCAAGAGAACAAAUGUGCACCUUGGUCAACCAGCGCAUGUUAUUUCUACUGAAACUGACUUGCCACAUCGCCAUGGACCUUGAAGAUGCCCUCUGACUUCCCUCUCCCUCACCUCCCCCCUUUGUCAUGGAGUCUGACCCGAACCAUCUCCGUGACCCCUACAAACCUGACGUGGAUGACGGCGGCGAGCCGCCCGAUCUGGAGUGCGCCAUCUGUUUCUGCCAGUUCAACAACGUCUUCAACACUCCUAAGGUACUCGAAUGCAAGCACACCUUCUGCCUGGAGUGUCUUGCGCGGAUGAACGUGAAGUCCACCCAUCCCAACACCAUCCAGUGCCCGCUGUGCCGUGCCUACACCCCGUUACCAGACUUGGGUCUUCCCAAGCUUGCAAAUGACUCCACGGUGCUGUCCUACCUCCCGGCUGCCAUGCAGCACGUCUACAGCAUCCGUUUUAAUCGCAACAAAGGCAAACUGCAGGUGAAGAGAGUGCCCAGCUCUGCCCCGGCUCAGAACGUCAGCCAAAGCCUGGACGUCGGGAACCCAGCAGGCGAGGAGGGGGAGAGCGGCUCGGCCAGAGAGAGGUCUGUACUGAUCACCAUACUGCGGACGCCACUGUGCAAAGCUUUUAUCAUGAGCUCGGUGGCCAUAAUGACCGUCAUUCUCGUCAUUACGAUCAUCCUCAUCCUGAGGAGUACGGGUUAGAUUAUCACUGGCACCGAACAUAACUGAACUGGCAUAAACAACAAACAAGCAACAUGAUGAGCAUAUUUUUGAAUGUUUCCAUAUGCAAAUCAAACUGUCCCUCAUAUCCUGGAAGACUACUGCUGUAUUUAACAGCUGAGAAGGACAGUGGUUGUGGAAAAAAAGUACUGUGAAGCUACCAUGGUAUUUAGUUAGCAGGCCUACUACCAUGGUACAUUUGCAAAACACUAUAGCACCUUGUAUCUUUUAUUCAUAUGGUAAAUACAGUGGUAGCCUACUUUACAAUAUACCAUAUGAUACUUUUAGGUAGUUUUUUUUAUCAUUAUUAUGAUUUUCAGAAGGCACUCAUAACAUUAACCUUACAAAAUAUCAUACGGUAGGGUCAGGCUCCACUGAUAAUGGUACUGACUAUGGUACUAAAAUGUCCAAAAUGUUUUUUGACAAUGUAUAUUUUAUGUUAUAAUAUAUAUGUAAUAUAUUUUAUGAUAUAUAAAUAUAAAAAACUAUACUUUCA